ACACAGGAAGAGGGAAGGAGUAAGUGAAAAAAAAAUGACGAGAUGCCCUCCUCCUCUUCCUCCUGUGUGGGCGAAUAACGGUGCAUGAGAAGUUAUUGCAGCCAGACAAUAGCGCCAGUCCAUAUUUACACACACACACACACACACACACACACACACAUACACACACACACACACACACGCAUACACACACACAUUCACACGCGCUCGGGAGCCAAGGUGGGGUGUUCCACGAUGGAGGAUUUGGGAGUGCCUGAGCCACUUAACUACCCUCUCAGUCCUCGUAUUGUUGUCUUUGACGCCCUCCUGGCUGAUUUGGAGAGCACCGGCUCCCCUCUCGCUCGUUGCCCGGUCCUCCUUACGUCAGAUCCGCCGAUGCACGCUGACCCGGCUGUGCAGAACCCAACCGAGGUUCGCCCACCGCCACCAGCCUACACUCCACAGCAGACAGUUUCUGCAGCCAUGAAGUCCUCCCAAAAUUCCAAGCCAGACAAACUGUACAGUACAGUGUGUAAAUCCCGCUCUCCCCGCUCAGCUGAUCCUCCUCCUCCUCCGACCUUCUCCUCCUCCUCGCUGCUAGGAGGAGGUCUGAGUGAACUGGACCAUCUGCUACAGGAGCUGAACGCCACCCAGUUCAAUAUCACAGACGAGAUCCUGGCCCAAUUUCCCACUUCUAAAGAUGACAAGAUAAAGGACUCCGCUGUCUCCAACUCUGUAAAGCCCUCAGCAACAUCCGCCACGCUGGAGUUGGACAAACUGAUGGCGUCUCUCUCCGACUUCCGUGUCCAAAGCACACCGGCUGUGCCCGUUAGUCCAGUGAUCACGACAACGACACCAACAACCACAGCAGGAACACCACAGCAGCAGCAGCAGCAGCAGCAGCAGCAGCAGCAGCAGCUAAUGGUCCCUCCACAAGUUACAUCGGGCGGCUCGUUGGACAGCAUGCUGGGGCUCCUCCAAUCCGACUUGAGCCGACAAGGGGUUCAAACUUCUUCCAAAGGAAACUGUUCGGCCUGUCAGAAGCCGGUCGUGGGACAGGUGGUGACGGCCCUGGGCAAGGUGUGGCACCCCGAGCACUUUGUGUGCACGGAAUGCGAGACGGAGUUGGGCAGCCGCAACUUCUUUGAGAAGGAUGGGCGGCCGUACUGCGAGUCCGACUACUUCACGCUCUUCUCGCCUCACUGCGCGCACUGCAACAAGCCCAUACUAAAUAAAAUGGUGACUGCCCUGGACAAGAACUGGCACCCUGAGUGCUUCUGCUGCGUCAAGUGCGGCAGCACGUUUGGUGACGAAGGCUUCCACGACCGCGAGGGCCAGCAGUACUGCCAGCAGUGCUUCCUGACUUUGUUCGCCUCCCGCUGUCAAGGCUGCAGCCAGCCCAUCCUGGAAAACUACAUCUCGGCCCUCAACUCUCUGUGGCACCCGCAGUGCUUCGUCUGCAGGGAGUGUUACAGCCCCUUUGUCAACGGCAGCUUCUUCGAGCAUGAGGGCAAGCCGCUCUGCGAGGCCCACUACCAUCAGUCGCGGGGCAGCGUGUGCCAGGCGUGCCAGCAGCCCAUCCUGGGCCGCUGCGUCACCGCCAUGGGGGCCAAGUUCCACCCCCAUCACCUGGUGUGCCACUUCUGCCUCAAGCCGCUGAGCAAAGGCUGCUUCAAGGAGCAGGAGAACAAGCCCUACUGCCACCUGUGCUUUGUCAAGCUCUUCGGCUAAGGAUGCGGACCACUUGCUCCUCGUGCCCCUCUCUCUCUCUCUCUCUCUUGUCGUUGUUUUGACAUUUUAUACUGUGGCAAUGAAGGUGGAGCUGGCCUCGUUCGUAGUUUGGAGCGUACAGUGAAACCCUGCAAAAAUCCCUGAGUAAUAGAUAAUAGAUGCCACAAGAUGGUAGCGGAGCACUUUUUUUUUUUCCCUCUUCGAAAAGGUUAUGGUCACACUAAGUGAAGGGAGCAGCUUCAUUUCAAUAUAUUUCAUGAGCUGAGUUUGGUACCAAAACAAUACAGUAUUUUGAUAUUUGACAUGGAUUCAGCCUGAGCACAAAAAUUGCAAAUGCGGGAGUUUUUCAGCUCCACAUGGAAGCAAGAGGGCACCAAAGCACGACAUGAAGCUCCUCAAUCACUUCAAUACAGUUCCUUAAGACAAUGCUUUGGCCUGAGCACAAAAGCAGCAAAAUAUGCUACUCCAAAUCUGUGAAUACGUUGAGGGACAUUGUACUGAAAUAAAAAGAACCCCAAAUAAUUAUCUGUUCAAAAACAAAAUGCACUACACUUAGGCCUGGUGGUGUGAAAUAAAACUUAAAGAAGUACACUAUUAGAAUAAGACCAGGAGUGGGCAAAGAAUGGCAUCAAGCAUUUACAUUACAAAGAGUCCUGUAAUAUUUAUUACUUUUAUUUAGCCCUUGAAAUCGAUUCCAUAAAAUGAACGUAUUCCUUGUUUAAUUUAUCUAAAAAAAAAAAAGUUCAUUGAUUUAGCGUUGUAAACAGUACAACGAGACACAAAUGUUUAGUUUUUUUAUAGUUCAUUUGACAAUGAUAAAGAUUAUAAACAAUACAAUUUAAAAAUGAGAAGAAGUUAUUUCAUUAACGCUAUAUGUUUUCCAUACAAUAUUGUAUCUGUUUAUGAAUGACGUGGCCCAUCUGCCCGUUUCAAAAACGCAACGUGACACACAACUUGAGCACAAGUUUGCCCACCCCUGAACUAAACAUCCUUAAAAAUGAGGUCAAAUAUUUUUGUAAUAUGCUUUUAUUGUUUACAAAAUGUGCAAAUUCAAUGUUUUUUUUUAUUUUUUUUACCAAAGAUAUACAAAGUAAAUAUGGAAGGAUUCUCUUCUCUUUCCGAGAAGGAAUUUUUGCUUUGAGUUUAAAGACCCAAUAAAUUCUGCAGACGUUUUUAUGUUGCCCUCUACGUCCAGUAUAUGUUGAGUAGGACCAUUUAACCUGUCACACGUUAGAUAUUACAUCACAUUAUUCUUUCACAAAUCUUGUAUGCACUUUGCCAAAAACUCUUACUAAGAAUAAAAAAAACACAUUUCAUUAU